CCAUUCUGCACAUGCCUGAUGUGGCCGGUGCUGACGCUUUCUUUCUUUAGCCGUCUAGUUAGGGCUUCGGCUGGAAACUCCUCGCGACUGCCUGCAAAUUCACAAAAUUCUUCACUCUACAAAGCAUUAUCAACGUCAGCAAGAAAUUUAAGGAAGAAAAUGUCCAGCCAGCAAUACACUGCAGUCGAGCGAGGAGCACCUUACUCCUUCGACUAUCGUAUUUACUUCCGUGACUCAAAUGGACCCAUCUCACCAAUGCAUGACAUUCCCCUCUUUGCUGACGAGGCCAACAAAAUUUACAACAUGGUCGUCGAAGUCCCCCGAUGGACCAAUGCAAAAAUGGAGAUCAGCCUAAAAGAAGUGCUAAACCCCAUCAAGCAGGACAUCAAGAAGGAAAAGCUGAGAUUUGUUGCCAACUGCUUCCCUCACAAGGGCUACAUCUGGAACUAUGGGGCUCUGCCUCAGACCUGGGAAAAUCCUGAAAUUCUCGACUCCUCCACUGGUUGCAAGGGAGACAACGACCCCAUCGAUGUCAUGGAAAUUGGACAAAGAAUUGCAAAACGAGGAGAAGUUCUGCAGGUCAAGGUUUUGGGCUGCGUUGGAUUGAUCGACGAGGGUGAAACUGACUGGAAACUGGUGGCUAUUGAUAUCAACGACCCCUUGGCUGAGCAGCUAAAAGACAUUGCGGAUGUUGAAAGGCUGUGCCCAGGGCUGCUCAAGGCCACUGUCGAGUGGUAUCGCAUCUACAAAAUUCCUGACGGCAAACCAGAGAACAAGUUUGCGUUCAAUGGAGAGGCCAAGAACCGUGAGUUUGCCACUCACGUCAUUGAAGACGUCCACAAGUUUUGGCAGGCGCUGCAGAAUAAGGAGGCUGAUGCUGGCGGCAUUUGCCUUUCCACAACUACACUAGAAAGCAGCCCAUUCAAAAUUGACUUAGUGGCAGCUGAAAAGGUCAUCAACGACAGCCCACCCUUGGGCGACCCAGAACCUAUCGACUCUAUUGUUGACAAGAACCACUUUAUCAGGCUGAAGUAAAAUACUCGGCAGGAUUUUGAAUUUGUAACAGAGCACGCUGCAUGUAUUGAAUUCUGCACCUAUUAUUGAGAUUUCCCUGAAGCCAUGCAAUGGCCUAAAUAAAACACAUAAAGUUGCAUGUGGCACUAAAAAUU